UUUAUUGCACUUUCUGAUAAGAAUUAGCUAGAUACACACGUCUUGUCCAGCAACCGAAGGAAAGUAUUGCGCCGAGUGGGAAGAAAAACCAAAGGCAAUGUGCAUCUCACAUAUUUCACGAGAAAGACGGAAGUGAACAGUGGAGACGGUGGAUCUUUUGCUUUAUUCUUUUACUUGUUUUGUUAUAGCUAGGACGGAGUUGUUGUAGAUUUGGGGUGCUCUGGGAGUGAGUUUGAGAUGGGUUUUGUAAGUACUAUACUGGGUAUUUGGGGUUUUGGAGUGGGAACUUCAAUUGGGAUUGUGAUUGGAUACUACAUGUUCAUCUACUUCCAACCAACUGAUGUCAAGGAUCCUGCAGUCCGUCCUCUGGUUGAGCAUGAUUCAAGAACUUUGCAAAGUCUGCUUCCAGAGAUACCCCCAUGGGUUAAAAAUCCUGAUCAUGAUCGUCUUGACUGGCUUAACAAAUUUGUUGAGAUUAUGUGGCCUUAUCUGGACAAGGCAAUUUGCAAGACUGCAAGGAAUAUAGCGAAGCCUAUCAUUGCUGAGCAAAUUCCAAAAUACAAAAUCGAGUCUGUUGAAUUUGAAGCACUGUCCUUGGGCUCCCUACCACCAACUUUUCCAGGAAUGAAAGUUUAUGUCACUGAUGAGAAAGAGUUGAUAAUGGAACCAUCAGUGAAGUGGGCUGGGAAUCCUAACUUCAUUGUUGCAGUUAAGGCUUUUGGCUUGAGAGCCACAGUUCAGGUUGUUGAUCUGCAAGUGUUCGUUGCUCCACGUAUCACCUUGAAGCCUUUGGUUCCAACCUUUCCUUGUUUUUCUAACAUUUAUGUGUCUCUAAUGGAGAAGCCACAUGUUGAUUUUGGACUUAAACUGCUCGGAGCAGAUGCAAUGUCCAUUCCUGGCCUUUAUAGGUUUGUCCAGGAGCUUAUUAAAGACCAAGUUGCAAAUAUGUAUCUCUGGCCCAAAGCCCUAGAAGUACCAAUAUUGGAUCAAGCGAAAGCGAUGAAAAGACCUGUUGGGAUUCUUCAUGUGAAGGUUCUAAGGGCAAUGAAGCUUAAAAAGAAGGAUCUACUUGGGGCAUCAGACCCUUAUGUGAAACUUAAGCUCACUGAGGACAAGCUUCCUUCAAAGAAAACAACUGUCAAACACAGAAACUUGAAUCCUGAAUGGAACGAGGAAUUUAAUGUGGUUGUUAAGGACCCAGAAUCACAAGCUCUAGAGAUGACUGUUUAUGAUUGGGAACAGGUUGGCAAGCAUGACAAGAUGGGUAUGAAUGUUAUUCCAUUGAAGGAGCUUACACCUGACGAGCCUAAAGUUAUGACUCUUGACCUACUGAAAAACAUGGACCCAAACGAUGUUCAAAAUGAAAAGUCACGUGGGCAGCUUGUUGUGGAAGUGGUUUACAGACCUUUUAAGGAAGAAGAAGUACCCAAUGACACCGAAGGAGAAAAUGAGCUACAAAAGGCUCCAGAAGGAACACCUGCUGGUGGCGGUAUGCUUGUAAUUAUCAUCCAUGAAGCCGAAGAUGUGGAAGGAAAGCACCAUACAAAUCCAUAUGUCCGGUUGCUUUUCAAAGGGGAGGAGAAAAGAACCAAGCAUGUAAAGAAGAACCGAGAUCCAAGAUGGGAAGAGGAAUUUCAGUUUAUGCUGGAGGAGCCCCCCACCAAUGAUAGGAUUCAUGUGGAAGUUCUUAGUGCCUCUUCAAAAUUGGGCCUGCUGCAUCCCAAGGAAACUCUGGGUUAUGUGGAUAUAAAUCUAGCUGAUGUUGUUAACAACAAAAGAAUCCACGAGAAGUAUCAUCUCAUAGACUCAAAGAACGGGCGGAUUCAAAUUGAGCUGCAAUGGAGAACCGCAGGUUGACCGUAACACUUUUGAUGACCUGGGUAGCAAUUCCUCGGACUGGUCCAGGUUCUAUUAUUGUUUUGUUAGGAUAAACCAAAAUAUUUGUUCUUCUCUGUGAACAGUAGGAUUGAUACAUCCUUCAAAAUCUGAUUUCUGUAAAGAAACCGAGGAAGAAAAACAAUCUACUCCAGCUUGCAUG